CGUGAAUGUUACAGUAAUGAAAUACGUGAAGUUCUAGAAAGGGAAUGUAGUCAAAAAAAUUAUAUCAGUGUUCAAGAUAGAGACAGAAUUGCAUACGAAACCGGCCUUAGUAAUCGCCAGAUUAAAUUCUGGUUUCAGAACCGAAGGGCCAAA